UGGAAGACGGGGUUAUGCUGAGUCGCAGUGAGAGGGUCUCCCACUCUGGUCGUGUUCAGUUUGGAAGCCCACUCUCUGUUUUUCUCAGGAAUUUCUUGACUUUCAGUUCGACAGCAGCCACAGAAUGUCGUCGGGGUCUGGUCUGUCACACCGUUGUCGGACGGGUAGUAUGACGCAUCCCCCAGAUCUGUCACUCUCUCGGAGUAGAAAGAGUUUGGACGAACCUCUACACUUUUCUGAUCUGAGGAUUGUUCUGCUGGGGAAGAACAGCUCAGAGAUCAGCAGAGUGGGAAACUCCAUCCUGGGUAGAGACGUAUUUGAUAUUGAAGGUCCUCCUCCUUUAGUAGAGCAGCACAGUGAGAGAGCCAGAGGAAAGGUGGAGGGAAGAUACAUCACCCUCAUCAACACUCCUCACCUAUUUGAUCCUGACCUGUCUGUGUAUCAGAUCACAGUGCGGAUUAAAGAAUGCAUGUCGUUAUGUUCUCCUGGACCUCAUGGUGUUGUGCUGGUUCUACAGCCAGAUGACUUCACUGAGACAGACAGCAGCCGAAUGGAUCACAUCCUCAGCUCUCUGUCUGAGGAGGCCCAUAAAUACACCCUGGUGCUGACCACACAAAACAAAGAAACUGGAGCCAGUGCAGGUCCAGUUCAGGAGAACAUCAUACAGAAAGUCAUCACAAAAUACAGUAACAGACGUUUAGAGUGGAGUAAGUGUAGCUGUGCUAUGUUUGUGGAAAUGAUAGAAAAGGUGGUUGAAGAGAACAGAGGGAGCCUUGUCUGUGAGGAAUUUGAGGAUGCCCCACUUACUUUAGAACAGAAAUGGUCUGAGCAAGAAACAGAAGUGGAAGUGCUUUAUCAUAUAAAAGAGCAAGAGCAUGAAGAAACAGAAGAACUACAAGAGUAUGACCAAACAGAACUGAAGGAACAUGAAGAGAUAAAACAGCUGCAUGAACAUGAUCCAACAAAACAGCAAGGAAUUGAAGGUGAUCUACCUCGACAGAAGCAAGAGAAAACUAAAACAACUCUAAUGACCAGUGUGACCAAACAUUUCAGUAUUUCUGAUCUGAGGAUUGUUCUGCUGGGGAAGAACAGCUCAGAGAUCAGCAGAGUGGGAAACUCCAUCCUGGGCAGAGAUGGGUUUGAUACUGAAGGUCCUCCUCCUUUAGUAGAGCAGCACAGUGAGAGAGCCAGAGGAAAGGUGGAGGGAAGAUACAUCACCCUCAUCAACACUCCUCACCUGUUUGAUCCUGACCUGUCUGUGCAUCAGAUCACAGUGCGGAUUAAGGAAUGCAUGUCUCUAUGUUCUCCUGGACCUCAUGGUGUUGUGCUGGUUCUACAGCCAGACGACUUCACUGAGACAGACAGCAGCCGAAUGGAUCACAUCCUCAGCUCUCUGUCUGAGGAGGCCCAGAAAUACACCCUGGUGCUGACCACACAGAACAAAGAAGCUGGAGCCAGUGCAGGUCCAGUUCAGGAGAACAUCAUACAGAAAGUCAUCACAAAAUACAGGAACAGACAUUUAGAGUGGAGAAAGUGUAGCUGUGCAACUUUUAUGAAAAUUAUAGAAAAGGUGGUUGAAGAGAACAGAGGGAGCUUUGUCUGUGGGGAAUUUGAGGAUGCCCCACUUACUUUAGAACAGAAAUGGUCUGAGCAAGAAACAGAAGUGGAAGAGCUUUAUCAUAUAAAAGGGCAAGAGCAUGAAGAAACAGAGGAACUACAAGAGUAUGACCAAACAGAACUGAAGGAACAUGAAGAGAUAAAACAGCUGCAUGAACAUGAUCAUACAAAACAGCAAGGAAUUGAAGGACCUCGACAGAAGCAAGAGAAAACUAAAACAACUCUAAUGACCAGUGUGACCAAACAUUUCAGUAUUUCUGAUCUGAGGAUUGUUCUGCUGGGGAAGAACAGCUCAGAGAUCAGCAGAGUGGGAAACUCCAUCCUGGGCAGAGAUGGGUUUGAUACUGAAGGUCCUCCUCCUUUAGUAGAGCAGCACAGUGAGAGAGCCAGAGGAAAGGUGGAGGGAAGAUACAUCACCCUCAUCAACACUCCUCACCUGUUUGAUCCUGACCUGUCCGUGUAUCAGAUCACAGUGCGGAUUAAGGAAUGCAUGUCUCUAUGUUCUCCUGGACCUCAUGGUGUUGUGCUGGUUCUACAGCCAGACGACUUCACUGAGACAGACAGCAGCCGAAUGGAUCACAUCCUCAGCUCUCUGUCUGAGGAGGCCCAUAAAUACACCCUGGUGCUGACCACACAGAACAAAGAAGCUGGAGCCAGUGCAGGUCCAGUUCAGGAGAACAUCAUACAGAAAGUCAUCACAAAAUACAGGAACAGACAUUUAGAGUGGAGUAAGUGUAGCUGUGCAACUUUUAUGAAAAUUAUAGAAAAGGUGGUUGAAGAGAACAGAGGGAGCUUUGUCUGUGGGGAAUUUGAGGAUGCCCCACUUACUUUAGAACAAAAAUGGUCUGAGCAAGAAACAGAAGUGGAAGAGCUUUAUCAUAUAAAAGGGCAAGAGCAUGAAGAAACAGAAGAACUACAAGAGUAUGACCAAACAGAACUGAAGGAACAUGAAGAGAUAAAACAGCUGCAUGAACAUGAUCAUACAAAACAGCAAGGAUUUGAAGGACCUCGACAGAAGCAAGAGAAAACUAAAACAACUCUAAUGACCAGUGUGACCAAACAUUUCAGUAGAUCUAAACCAAGAUCUAACGUAGUUCUGCUUGGGAGGGAAAAUGAAGCAAAGACCUCAGUAUGUAAACUUCUUCUUGGUAAAAAGUUCUCAACAUCUCACCAGAAAGUGAAACAGAAGUCUAGCUCAGUGUGUGUGAGGAGGGAGGGAGAAGUGUGUGGACGUCUGAUUGGUCUGGUGGAGAUGCCAGCUGUCUACAACACUCAGCUCUCAGAGGAUGACGUGAUGCAGAAGGCUUUCCACUGUGUCUCUGUCUGUGAUCCUGGAGUUCAUGCCUUUUUCAUAGUCAUUUCUGAAGACCGCCUCACUGAUGAGGACAAGGGAGAAAUGGAGAUGAUCCAGAGAAUUUUCAGCUCAAGACUCAACAAGAACACUAUAGUCCUGAUCAGUCGGCAAUCUCAGAGCAAAGAACUAGAUGCCAGUGUUAAGAAAGUGAUAAAGGGUUUUGGCGGACGAUACAAAUAUUUGGACAGCAAAACAGAUGCAACACAGCUGAUUAAAUGUUUGGAGAUGCUUCAUACAGAGAGCAGAGGGAGCCUGUACACCAUGGACAUGUAUGUAGAAGCCCAGGUUAAAGCACAGCUGCAGUACAAAAAACACAUUCAAAAUCUACAACAGAAAAUCACUGAACUUACACAGAAGAACCGGAAGAGUCAAACUCAAGGAUCUAAACCAAGAUCUAACGUAGUUCUGCUUGGGAGGGAAAAUGAAGCAAAGACCUCAGUAUGUAAACUUCUUCUUGGUAAAAAGUUCUCAACAUCUCACCAGAAAGUGAAACAGAAGUCUAGCUCAUUGUGUUUGAGGAGGGAGGGAGAAGUGUGUGGACGUCUUAUUGGUCUGGUGGAGAUGCCAGCUCUCUACAACACUCAGCUCUCAGAGGAUGAAGUGAUGCAGAAGGCUUUCCACUGUGUCUCUGUCUGUGAUCCUGGAGUUCAUGCCUUUUUCAUAGUCAUUUCUGAAGACCGCCUCACUGAUGAGGACAAUGGAGAAAUGGAGAUGAUGCAGAGAAUUUUUAGCUCAAGGUUCAACAAGAACACUAUAGUCCUGAUCAGUCGGCAAUCUCAGAGCAAAGAACUAGAUGCCAGUGUUAAGAAAGUGAUAAAGGGUUUUGGCGGACGAUACAAAUAUUUGGACAGCAAAACAGAUGCAACACAGCUGAUUAAAUGUUUGGAGAUGCUUCAUACAGAGAGCAGAGGGAGCCUGUACACCAUGGACAUGUAUGUAGAAGCCCAGGUUAAAGCACAGCUGCAGUACAAAAAACACAUUCAAAAUCUACAACAGAAAAUCACUGAACUUACACAGAAGAACCGGAAGAGUCAAACUCAAGGAUCUAAACCAAGAUCUAACGUAGUUCUGCUUGGGAGGGAAAAUGAAGCAAAGACCUCAGUAUGUAAACUUCUGCUUGGUGAAAUGUUCUCAACAUCUCACCAGAAAGUGAAACAGAAGUCUAGCUCAGUGUGUGUGAGGAUGGACGGAGAAGUGUGUGGACAUUUGAUCGGUUUGGUGGAGAUGCCAGCUCUCUACAACACUCAGCUCUCAGAGGAAAAAGUGAUGCAAGAGGCUUUCCACUGUGUCUCUGUCUGUGAUCCUGGAGUUCAUGCCUUUUUCAUAGUCAUUUCUGAAGACCGCCUCACUGAUGAAGACAAGGGAGAAAUGGAGAUGAUCCAGAGAAUUUUCAGCUCAAGACUCAACAAGAACACUAUAGUCCUGAUCAGUCGGCAAUCUCAGAGCAAAGAACUGGAUGCCAGUGUUGAGAAAGUGAUAAAGUCUUUUGGCAGACGAUACAAAUUUGUUAACAGUGAAACAGAUGCAACACAGCUGAUUAAAUGUUUGGAGAUGCUUCAUAAAGAGAGCAGAGGGAGCCUGUACACCAUGGACAUGUAUGUAGAAGCCCAGGUUGAAACCCAGCUGCAGUACAAAAAACACAUUCAAAAUCUACAACAGAAAAUCACGGAUCUUACACGGAAGAACCGGAAGAGUCAAACUCAAGGUUCACCAAAAAGCCCUGAGGCCUUGCGGAUUGUUCUGCUGGGGAAGACAGGAGUUGGAAAGAGUGCAACAGGAAACACCAUUUUGGGGAAAGAGGACGUGUUUACGGAAGAUAUUGGUGGAUCAGUUACUGUUGUGUGUCAGAAAGAGUCAGCUGACAUAAAUGGGAGGCAGAUCACUGUGGUUGACACUCCAGGACUGUUUGAUACUAAUGUUCCUAAUGUGGAGAUCACUAAAGAGAUCACUAAGUGCAUCUCCAUGGCAGCUCCGGGUCCACAUGUGUUCCUGCUGGUGCUGAGCAUCGGGCAGCGCUUCACCCAAGAGGAGCAAGACACAGUGAAUAUGAUCAAGGAUACAUUUGGUGAAAAACACAAAAUGUACACUAUAGUGGUCUUCAGUAAAGGAGAUUUUUUAAAGGGAAACACUAUUGAACAGUACAUAGAAAAGUGUGGUCCAACUAUGAAGAGAUUUCUGUUUGACUUUGGUAACAGAUAUCAUGUGCUCAACAACAGUAAUAAAAGCAGCUCCACCCAGGUCGCUGAUCUACUGGAGAAGAUCGACUCCAUGCUGGCAGUGAAUGGAGGGAGCUGCUACACUAAUGACAUGUUCCAGCAGGUAGAGAAAGCUCUACAAGAAGAACAGGAGAGAAUACUGAAGGAGAGAGAGGAGGAGAUAGAAAGAGUGAAAGAAAGACUGAAAGCCAAAUAUGAAGCUGAAAUGGAGAGAAUGAGAAUAGAGAUACAGAAAGAAAAAGAAAAACAAGAAGCAGAAGGGAGAAGAAGAGAGAAAGAAUUUAAAGAAAAAGAACUAGAGAUAAAGAGAGAGAUGACUGAAAGGGAAAAGAUACAAAGAGAAGAUGUAACGAAAAAAAGAGAAGAAGAUGAGAAAAAGAUGCAACAGUGGAUGGCUGAGAUUCACAGAGAAAAAGAGGAGAACAGUCAACGGUGGGAGAAACAAAGAGAAGAAGAUUGGAGAAGGAGAGAUCAGGAGGAGGAGGAAAGAAGAAAGAAAGAAGAAGAAUGGAAGAAGAAACAGAAAGAAGAACGAGAGAACUUUGAGAAAGAAAGAGAAGACAUGGAGAAGAAAGUAAGAGAAGAACUAAUGAAUUUACAGCAGGACUAUAAACAGAAGGCAGAAGAGGAGGAGAAAAGACGAAAAGAACUGGAAGAGAAAAUUCAGCAGGCGGAGGAAAGUAAAAAGAAGGAGCUACAAGAGCUGCAGUUAACUCAGCAGCAAGAGUGGAUAAAGAGGAUGGAGGAGGAGGAGAAGAGGAGAGAAAAGCAACAGAAGUAUUGGGAGAAAACAAUUGCAUCAAUGGAGGAAGCCUGGACUUUACAGCAGAUUAGAAAGCAAAGACAACAUGAAUGGGAAAAGCAAAAAGAAAAGGAGGAGAGGGAUUUAAAAGAAAAGGAGAGAGAAGAGAAAGAAGAACAAGAGAGGAAAAGAAUAGAAAAUGAGGCAAAUGAAAAAAUAAGACAGAUGAAGGAACAACUAGAGGCACAGAGAGAGAAAGAGGAGAAAGAAAGAAAUGAAAAAGAAGAACAACUCAGAAAGGAAAUGGAGGAACAGCUACAGAAGCAGCUGAAGUCUUUUCGAGAAGAAAGAGAGGAAGAAGAGAUUAUACGGGCUGAAGUUGAAAGGAGAAACCUUGAAUUCAUUAUAGAGAUUCACAACAGAGAGAUAGAGAAUCUCAAAACACAGACUGAAGUAAUAGCAAGAAAACAGGCAGAGGAGGAGUUUCAUGCCAAACUUGAUGAAAAGGUAAAAGAGGCGAGAGACAAAGGAUUUGCAGAGGGUUGUGCAGAGAUAGAGGCAGCAAGAACAGCACUGGGCAGAAGAGUAGAUCGAUUUGUUCAAACUGUUUGUAAAAGUUAAAAAGGAAAAAAUGUUAAAUUGGUUCACUUUCCAACUGAAGCUUCCCUGAAACUUACACUGUUUUACUUUGCAUGACCACAGUCUUGUGACCGUUACCAUUCAUGACCGUUACUAAAUGUUAUUUUAUUCACUAAACGUUAAUCAUAAAAGAACAUUUCACAUGCA